GCUGAGCAGUGUAGGGUUUAAUAGCAGCCACCUUACACUCACUUUUUCUCUUUCGCAGAAGCUCAAACCCUUUCGCUUCUGUUAUUUUUUUUUCUCUUCUGUUAUGUUAUAUUGUUCCUCUUUACACAUUCAACUUUACACUUUCGUUUCACUCCCAAAUCGAAUCCAAUCGAAGCUUUUCUUCAAUGGCUGAAACCGAAACUCAAACCGAAACUCAGAAACAACACGAUCUAAUUCAGAGAAAAAUCGUCUUUGUCCCUAACAACAAACCUUUUAAAGGCUUUUCCAAUGAUUUCCAUAUCGAAACCCUAAACCCUACCACCACCACCACCGAAAAACGGCAACUUGUUUGCGUUAAUGGUACUACCUCUCAUCCACCUCCCAAAAAACACGAUGGUUCCGAAUUCUCCGAGUUUGGUUUGGAUCCAGAGCUCAACGUUGGAAUUACCUUUCGCAGAAUUGGAGCUGGAUUAUGGAAUCUUGGAAACACUUGUUUUCUGAAUUCAGUGUUACAGUGUUUGACAUAUACUGCGCCUUUAGCUGCGUAUCUGCAAAGUGGCAAACAUAAAAGUUCAUGCCGAGUUACUGGGUUUUGUGCUCUUUGUGCAAUACAGAAUCAUGUUAGUCGUGCAUUGCAAUCAACUGGAAAUAUAUCUCCGAGUGAUCUGGUUGGAAAUCUGCGGUGCAUAUCACGCAAUUUCCGAAAAUCUAGGCAGGAGGAUGCACAUGAAUAUAUGGUGAACUUACUUGAGUCAAUGCAUAAAUGUUGCCUGCCCUCUGGAGUACCGAGUGAAUCACCUGGUGCUUUUGAGAAAAGUUUGGUUCACAAGAUCUUCGGUGGUCGUCUUCGAAGUCAGGUGAAAUGCAGACAGUGUUCUUUUUCAUCCAACAAGUUUGAUCCUUUCUUAGACUUAAGUCUUGAAAUAUUGAAGGCAAAUUCACUGCAAAAGGCACUUGCAAAUUUCACAGCUUCAGAAUUGUUGGAUGGGGGAGAGAAGCAAUACCAUUGUCAACAUUGCAAACAAAAAGUGCAGGCUAUCAAACAACUGACAAUUCAUAAGGCACCUUAUGUGCUGGCAAUUCAUCUAAAGAGAUUCUAUGCUUAUGAUCCUCAUAAAAAGAUUAAAAAGAAUGUUGAGUUUGACUCUGCACUGGAUUUGAAACCUUUUGUCAGUGGCUCAUAUGAUGGAGAUUGCAAGUACUCAUUAUACGGGGUCCUUGUUCAUUCUGGUUUCAGCACUCAUUCUGGCCACUAUUACUGCUUUGUUCGCACUUCAAAUAACAUGUGGUAUACCUUGGAUGACAGUCGGGUAAGUCAUGUCAGUGAAUCGAAAGUUCUAGAACAGCAAGCUUACAUGUUAUUUUAUGUUCGUGAUAGAAAAAGUGUAGCUCCAAGCAAACCUGUUGAUAUCCCUAAGGAGGUAAAUGUGAAAACCAAUGUUAUUGGAAGUAGAUAUCCAACUUCAAACAAUGCACUUAAAGAUUAUCCAAAUGGUCACGUGGAAAAUAAGUUAUGUGUUGAACCUUCUUUGACCGCUGAAACUCAGAAAAAUACGUUAAAUGCGGAUCCAUCAAGGGUUUCAUGUGCGAAUAAUGCUCUGGUUCAGCAAAAGAAUAGUUUCAUUUUAGCAAAAGGCUUAAUGCAUGGUGAAACCCCUGUAUCUGAACUCACUUCUAAGGAACUUGCUCAGAAGAACUCAACAGUCGAUGUCUCUUUUGCUAAAUCAGAACUUGAAUGCUUGUCAUCCUUAGAUCACCCUGGAAAAGAUAAGGUCCCUUGUAAUCAGAAAUGUUUAGAUGCAACAGCUGAUGACAGACCUAAUCUGUUCAACAAGAAUGCAUUUUUAAAAGAGGGUGUAGGUUCUCCUUUAAAAGAGCCGGCUAUAAGUAAUCCCCAAACUCUUAUUGGUCAAAAUGUUAGUGACAGAACAUCACAGUCUCAGAAGAUGAAUUCCCCCACUGAAGUUGAUGCUGUUGCAGCUCAAGAUUCAGUCACAAAUUUCUCAGAGAAAGCUUGUCUUGUAACUUCGGUUGGAACUUCAAAUGCUUCGGUUGAGGAGGAAGCAUGCAAUUUAUUGGUUGAGAAUGCGGUUGUUUCUCAGAAACUUCUUAAAGGUUCAUCAAAUAGAUCCUCGAGUGACUCAAGUGUUAAUCAAAAGCAAGUGAAAAAACCAAAGAAGAAGUUUCCAAAGUACCACGGAUCAAUCAUGCGACUUCGCCCGAUCCUCCGUUAUGUGGCAUACCUAGGGCCGCGGAAGAAGGAUCACAAAAAAAGUAAACGCCGCGAAAAAUUGAAUAAACCUGCUAGCUCAUCAGAUGCUGGACUAUCUACUUCUGGAAAAGCACAGUUACUUCCCUCUGUAACAAGUUAUUCUGAAAGUAAAGCAACUAAGCCAUGUCCUAUGCCUGUUGCUAACAUGAAACGUAAUGAUGUAUCUCUGAUGGAACAUAAUGCUGAAGGAGAGUUGAAGAAGAGGAAGAGGAUGGACCAGAACUGUGCUGUGCUUGCAACAGCUACACAAAUAGAAAAUAUGUCCCAGUGUUUAUUGGAAAAUAAAUUUGAAGCUGCACAUGCUUUUAGUCCACAGGAGGAUAAGACAGAUCAAAUGCAUAAUAGUGUUAUGAGGAUGCUCACUAGAGGUCUAGAGGAGACAGUUGUUGCACGUUGGGAUGAUGUGGAAUUACCUUCAUCUGAGCCCUUGGAAUCAAAGAAUGACCAGAUCGCACACAUUGGAUAUGUUGGGGAUGAAUGGGAUGAGCAAUAUGACAUGGGGAAGAGGAAGAAGUUAAGGUUGAAGCAGAGCUUUGGUGGACCAAAUCUUUUCCAACAAAUUGCUAACGAGAAAUCGAAGUUUAAAAGUUCAAAAUUGAACGCUAACGAGAAAUCGAAGUUUAAAAGUGCAAAAUUGAACCAUUCGAGCUCAGGGAACCCUCCAUUUAGGAUAUGACUCCAAAAUUCAUUUCUAUUAUCUGUCGACAUCAAACGCUGAAAAUGUAGUGAAGAGGAGAGCAUCUACCUUAUUUUUUUGGGUACAAAUUUUGUUGGCUGCAUCAUAUUGUCUUUGUAGCCGAACUGAAGAGGGUUAGAAUUAUUUAUGCACCUUGGUUUCUUUGUAGGGCAUUUCUCAUUUCACAAUCCAGACAACUAUUAGUUGCAUGCAUGUUUGGAAAAGUGUAAAAUGAAACCCUUUGUAUUAUUUAUUUCUCUUGUAAUAGCUGCACGUCGUAGCGCAAAUUUUGUUCGUGAAUUUUAUGUUAUAUGAGCUUUGCAUAAUGUAUUUUGGACUGAAAUUUGUAUUUGGCUUAUGAUUAAGUGAAAUUAAAACAUUAAUUAAUCGUUGUGCGAUUUAA